GUCACCCGGGCCUGCCAGGAGCGCUCUAUAUGUUCCUGCUUACAGUUUAUUCCGGGGGUGGUUUCAACAUCAAUUUGAUAUCAAUACGCCUGCUUUCACUUCAUACGAAGAUUCCUUCUGAACCAUGCUUAGUUGCUGCGCAACGCCGCGUGGCCUUAGGAACUCGAGUGCCUUCUUUCUCUCACAUGGCUGUUCAGCAUAUAUGUACGGGUUGUUUCCAUUCAGGACCAGUAAAACUACCUCGAAUACAACAUGCUGCCCGUACCCCCAGGUUAUCCCAUCGAAACACUGACGGGACCUGUGGUUGGUUUUUCUUUUCGUGUUUGAGCCAUUCAAUCCCUCACACGACAAUUCAGCUCGUCGCCUGCCUCUUACACUGGGGACUCUUUGGGACUCUUUCUGUGCAGCUUUAUCUGUACUAUCUGGCAUUUCCGAAUGACAGAAAUUUUACAAAGUAUCUCGUCUAUGGCAUCUACAUUUUCGAGUUUACCCAGAUGAUACUCGUUACCCAUGAUGCCUUUGCCGCGUUCGGUUACGGCUUUGGGGAUAUCGUAGCCCUCACUGACAUGCAUUUUGAUUGGCUAACUGUCCCCAUCAUGAGCGGCACUGUUGCUUGCGUUGUCCAGGUUUUCUAUGCGUACCGAAUCUUCAUAUUGUCGAAGUCUCGAAUUGUCCCCAUAUUCGUCAUCUGUGUAUCCCUAACAAGUUCUGUGGGUGCCAUAAUCACGGGCGUCUACUGUUUCCAAGCAGGCAGCCUCAUUAACCUCAGUAGCAGCAAGGUGUCCAUCGCGGUCGGGAUUUGGUGCGGAGCCUCUGCCCUGUGUGAUAUCAUCAUCGCUGUCUGUAUGACGUACUACCUCAUGCGCAGCAAAACCGGUUUCCGUCGCACCCGAAUUCUAGUCACAAAACUAAUUCGUCUCAGUAUUGAAACAGGAACUGUGACAGCUGUUGUUUCUCUGCUCAACCUUAUCCUUUUUUUUACGUUCCCCCAUCAAACUUUCUACACGACGCCAGCCCUCAUCCUGCCCACGCUGUAUGUUAACACCGUUUACAUGGUACUGAAUUCGCGAAUGCGGAUU